GACACACGAUGACAUUACACACACAGGCGCAGUGUGGGUGGAUCAUCUCUCCAGGGUCAUUGAUCAAAGUUCACAUCACUCCUGACGUCUCGGCGACGGCCAUUUUCAUUCAAGCAGACUCUAGCUCUCUUUCUGUGUAGAUAUGUGUGCGUUGUAUGUGUAUUGUUGCCAGUUUUAGGGCUCCUCACUGAAGAUCUUGUGGGAUUUCUCCAGAUGAACUCCAGCCGAGUGCGCAGAGGCCGCAGUUGUGUGACACAUGAAUGUUGAUGAGAUUUCAGCAGUGAAUGAGUCUGAGGAGACCUGCUGACGACUCCAUGGAUGUUCUGGGAGAAAGAGAAGCUCUGCAGCAGUUCUUUAAUGGUGAGGAUGCGAGCGGUGUGUUGGACACCAGUUUUCUGGAGGAGUACCUGAGCAAUGAAAGCGACUCCACGUUCAUGUUACCUGAAUCCCCGCCGGACUCGUGCUCGGAGCGCAGUUCUCCUCCUCAGAUACCAGGUUCAGGAUGGACGAGAGCCGCGUCGCUUCACGUGGGCCGUGAUUCGCUUUCUCGGUACGUGAACACGUCUGAGUCGUGCCAUGAUUCACCCGCUCUCUACGCUCUUCAGCAUCAUCCCUGCACACAGAUGAGAUCGGCUCCUGUGUACACAAGCGUCAAACAACACCAACGGCCCGGAGAUACAUCACAUGAAAAUAAGAAGAGAAGACGCUCAGAUCCUCUGGAGGGGAACACAGAGCCGUGCAGGAGGAGCGACUCGCUUUGGACCCCACCCACAUUCUGUGGAGAUCGAGCGUGCGAAGCAUUCUCUUCUGACAGCGAUGGCGCUGGACAUCACGUGCUGUCGUGGGACAGAUAUCAGCCAAGCCGAUGGUCACGUCUCUACAAUGGCAGGCUUGAGGCUCUAUCUCCUCCAGGUUAUCAUGUGGAUGCUGAUAAAGGCUUCGGUUACUCCACAGCCGAUGAAGCUUUCGUCUGUCAGAAGAAGAAUCAUUUCCAGGUCACCGUUCACAUCGGGAUGCUCGGAGAUCCCGCGUACGUGGAGACCCCGGCCGGACCCGUGCCCGUAGAGAGCUUCCACGUGAAGGUGUUCGGGGUCAAGAUGGAAGCACACAGUCACUUCAUCACUAUCGAGCAGUCUCAGUCAGACCGCAGUAAGAAACCUUUCCUGCCGGUCAAAGUCCAGCUGCCCCGAGAUAAAAUCACAAAGGUAACGUUGAGCCGACUUCACUUCAGCGAGACCACAGCCAAUAACAUGAGGAAAAAAGGCAAACCCAACCCUGACCAGAGAUAUUUCAUGAUGGUUGUUGGUCUGUACGCCACUGUGAGUGAAGAGAAAAGUUUUCUGCUGGUCGCUAAUGUAUCAGAAAGACUCAUCGUCAGGGCGUCCAAUCCUGGACAGUUUGAGAACGACACUGAUGUUCUUUGGCAAAGAGGUCAAGCUCCAGAGACGGUGGUGUGUCACGGCAGGAUUGGCAUCAACACGGACAAUCCCGAUGAAUCUUUGGUGGUCUGUGGGAACGCCAAGAUAAUGGGCAACGUAAUGCACCCGUCAGACCGGAGAGCCAAAGAAAACAUUCAGGAGGUGGACUCGAUGGAGCAGUUGAGGAGAAUAGCACAGAUGAGGAUCGUCGAGUAUGACUACAAACCAGAAUUCGCCUCCAGGAUGGGAAUCGAUCAGGUCCAUGAAACCGGAAUCAUCGCACAGGAAGUGAAGGAGCUGCUGCCGUCUGCGGUCAGAGAGAUGGGUGACGUCACGUGUGUCAACGGAGAAACCAUCCCUCACUUCCUCAUGGUGGAUAAAGAGCAGAUCUUCAUGGAGAACGUGGGAGCUGUGAAGCAGUUGUGUAAGCUCACCGAUAACCUGGAGACUCGCAUUCAAGAGCUGGAGGUGUGGAACAGUCGUCUGGCCAAACUGAAGAGGCUCGGCAGCCUGCGCUCCAGUAACUCGUCUAACACCAAAGCUUAUGAAGCAGGAAAGAGCCACGCGACACGUCCUGCGCAGAAGACCUCAUCGUCUACAAGCGACUGCUGUGAGAGAUAUCAGUGGUGUCUUCAGCAUCGAGUGUUUCAGGCCAGUAUCAUCAUGCUGGUGACCACCAUGGCUCUGUGUGUCAUCUCUAUAACGGCUCUCUACAUGCUGACGUUAGACGAGGACGUGGACUUCAACAGCAGUCUGAACAGCAGUGACGUCGUGCCGCCGUUCACCACCACAGAAACACAACUCACAACAGCAUCGGCCACGUCUCCUCCCGCUCCCUGGCCUCCUGACAUCGACUUCUCCAAUGUCUUCUACUCAGAUGAGAUCUACUGCUGCCCUUCCAAUCUAACAUCAUCCACAGCCACCGAUCCCAGAAGAGCUGAGAAAGAGGAGUGGACGGCGAAACUGCCGGAGAUACUGAAAAACUCCACAGACUGGAAAAACACAACCAUCCGGUCCAUCAUCAUCACACAGAAUCUACAGAUGAUCGAUCAGCAGUACUGUGACACACACGACGACUGUGGGAAGGGAAAGUACAGUUACGUCAUCCCCCUCAGUAAACACAUCCCACCCAACAUGCCCAUCACCCUCCAGAUCACCACAGAUGAGCUGUUGGUGAUGUAUUUGUGUUCAUAUGAUGAGAGAGACCAGUGUUAUUCUGUACUGGAGCACAGCGGCCUGAAGUCAAACACGGCUCUCAACACACAGGGUUACAUUCAUAAAUGGACUCUGGCCGCAGCCAAUCAUUACCGCUCUUCUUAUCACUUCCGGGUCGCUGUCGCUGGUUUGGCCAACUGUAGCACCGACCCAAACUACGCCGAGUUCUUAUUCACCGACUAUCAGCUGCACUUCUUCCGCCGCUGUGACUGAUCACACACAGAAUUGAGUGACAUUUGAAAAUGUGUUUGCAUUUAUUCAUAUAGUUUCUUGUAAUCUAAAACAAAAUCUGCUGUCAAAUCUGAAUCACACACACAUGAGAGAGAUGAGUGAGGUUUGUACCGUUCCAGCAAUGCUUCAACAGCAUAAAUCAUGUAUUCCUCAGUCAAUAUCCCUUUCUGUUUGUUUUGUAUUUCUGGAUGCACAUGAGUUUCAGUUUGGAAGCUAUUAUGAUGGUUUUAGAAGUGAGCUGAUAUUUACAUGACAAUACUCAUGACACGUGCUUGAAAUCAAUAUUAAAUGCUAACAAUGAAGACGUCACAUGGAUGAUGUCGAGAUUCUAGAACUCACACUGAGAGGAUUUUAAAGAUUUAGUUUGUCUAGACUGUUGUGCAAACAGUUUGUGUAUAAAACUCAUAUUGUUACGAUGACUUAUUCAGCCAAGCAAAUAAAGUUUCUUACUGUAUGUGGACAAUGAGC